AUGUCAUCUAGGGAGGAAUUAUUGAAAAAAAUCGUAGAUCUUUUGAAGACUUUGCCACAAGAACGUCUUAAGCACUACGCUUCAUUCAAAGAUGUCCAGAUAAAAAGAUUUUCAAGUUCUGAGAUGUCAUCAGUGUCAGAGAAUGACCUUAAAUUGCAAUACAUAUCUUUAAGAGAUUUAGUCAAUGACAAAUACAAGAACUACUACACACUUGACGAUAAAUUAUUACGUCCGAAGGGAAACCCUGAGUACUACAAUCGUAUCAUGGCUGAUAUUCGCGGAGAGAAGAAGGAGACGAUUUUCUCAGCAUUCAGAACAGUCGUUUUUGGUAAAUAG